AUGUCUUUUAUAAAUUUUUCUAAAAGUUUUCUAUUACUAAAUAGCAAAAAAGUACCAACACGUUUCUGUACUAGAAAAGAUGAAUUGGAUACUGCCACUCCCAAUACUAAUACGAUAGUAGAAUCUGGUACAAUUAAUGUUGCUGAUGACUUGAUCUCAGGAACUAGUACAAUUAGUCCCGUAGAUACCUCAAUAUUGGAAACCAGCACAAUCAAUACUGUUGACGCUUCAAUAUUAGAAACUAGCACAAAUAAUACUGUCGAUAAUUCAAUAAUAGUGGAAACAGACACUAUUGGAAAAACUUCACAUGAAAGUCUAAAUGAAAAAGUUAUUAAAUUGAGUGGGGAAAACAAGUUUGAUGAAGCUAUAAAGUUGGUUUUAAGUGAAAAAAAUCCUGAUUUAAAAAAUGCAGAGGCUUGGAAUCAAUUGAUUAUUGAAUGUGCCGAUAAAGGAAGAUCUAAAAUGUCAAUCAUAUUAUUUAAUGAGGCAUACAAUUUCAAUGUUGCACUAGAAACCUAUGAUAAUUUGAUUAGGAGCGGUAGGUUGAAACCAAACAAAGAGACUUACCUGCGAAUCUUGAACAUAUGUUCAGCAAAUUGUUCAAAACAACCAGAAACGACUUAUGAAUUGGCAACUGAUGUUUGGAACAAGUUGGUUAAACAUGAUGAUCAGCAGAGCAAGGAGGCAAAUGACGCAGUGAUUGUUGAUAACGAAUUGGUUAGUGGUGUGAUUUCAGUUUUCAAAGACACUAAACAUCCACACCAUGCUUUUGAUAUUAUUGAUAACACUUAUGGAUUUGGUAAAGUUUCCACACCUUCUGCAGAAGAUAAAGAAUCUUCAGGAUCAACAAAAGAAGAUUUAUCAACUUCCGCAAUUGCAUCUAAUAAGCCUGCUCUGAUAUUACCAAUUACAAAUGAUGUAUUGGUCAGUAUUUUUGGUUUAUGUUUUAAAGUAAGGCAAUACAAUUUGGGAAUAGAAUACUAUAAUCAGGUUAUGACAAAAUAUCCGAAUUUCUCACUUGACAUUAACACCUAUAAUAGUGUGAUUACACUCUACAACCUCACUUACCAAUACAAGAAGACACUUGAAACUUACCAUAGCCAAUUUAAAAAAGGUGGUAUGGUACAAAAUACAACAACAUUUGAAUACUUGAUGACAGCAUGUCAAAGUCUUCGUGAUUUGAGCACAGCAAAAGAAGUUCUUGAGAAUGCAGUUGAGAAUCAAGUAAUGUUGAAAACAUUUGGUUUAACAAGAUUAUUCAGACUGAUAUUGGAACAAGCCAGAACUACAGAAAAUUAUAAUGAUAUUUGUUGGUUAUUGGAAAAAAUAGACAAGACAGUAGAUAUUGAUUUCGAUAAAGAGAAAAAAGGAUUUAUUUUGAUUAAAUAUAUGGAUGACGCGAUAUUUUUACGUACUCUUUCAUCAGCAUAUGAAAUUGCAUUGGAGGAAGUAAAAGAUUUGUCAGAGGAAAAAAGAGUUCAAUGGAUAGAAGAUAAAAAAUAUUUUGAUCAUAAGGCUGACAGAUUGCUUGAGACCACAUUAAAAUAUUCAAAACAAAAUAGCAUGCAUGAAGAUGAUUUAAGAAUGAGAAAAAUAUAUCAGGGAAGAUGGAAAACUCAAGAUGAUGAGAAUUGGCCUAAUACGUCAUCAUAUAUGAGGAAUGGACCACCAACGCGUUAUAAUCCAAAUAAAAGUUUUAGACGUCCACCAUCACCUGAAUUGUCAUUUGAUUCAUCACCAUCAACUGGAUCAUAUGGUAAUUUUAGAGGCCAGCAUAAUAGAGGAAGGCCUCGUGGAUAUCGCGGAGUAUCACGUAAUUACAGAAAUGUUGGAUAUCGCGGGCCAAACUACAGUAAUGGUUAA